CUGGCUUCCAGGUUAGAAUUUGGAGGCCUACACCGACUCAAAACGGCGUCGUCUAUCGCUGGCUGUAGUAAACCUUGCCUAGGCAAAAAUGUAUUCCCGGGGCAAGCUGGACGGGACAUCUACGGACCUUUCUCAUUCUGCGUACCUCUCCGGCACCUCACACAGACACGCGGAGACGCGAGCAAACACAGAAAGAGUGAUAUCUGGCGACUGUAAUUUGGUCUCUAGGGUUCCAUUUCGCGACUCGUCUCUGCAGCGGAGAACGUCAGUGAUCGUGAUUUGUCAAGUUAGAGCCGUUGUUCUGGUUUUUCCUUCGUGAUUUGAUGCUUGAGGAAUGUACCAGUGGAGGAAAUUCGAGUUCUUCGAGGAAAAAUUCGCCGGCAAGUCCUCGAUUCCCGACGAAGUUACAGGAAAAGUCGAGUGCUGUUCGAGUGGGAGAGGGAAGAUCGUGGUCGGUUGUGAUGACGGCACAGUGAAUUUGCUAGAUCGCGGGCUGAAGUUCAACUAUGGAUUCCAGGCUCACUCCUCCUCCGUUUUAUUUGUUCAGCAGCUUAAGCAACGAAAUUUCCUAGUAACUAUUGGAGAAGAUGAACAAGUAUCUCCUCAGCUCUCGGCUUUGUGCUUGAAAGUUUUUGAUCUUGAUAAGAUGCAGCCAGAGGGAUCAAGCACGACAAGUCCAGAAUGUAUACAAAUAUUGCGCAUAUUCACUAAUCAGUUUCCUGAAGCCAAGAUUACUUCAUUUUUAGUCUUAGAAGAAGCUCCACCAAUUUUACUCAUUGCUAUUGGAUUAGAUAAUGGUUGCAUUUACUGCAUCAAAGGAGACAUUGCACGUGAACGUAUCACACGCUUUAAGCUUCAGGUGGAUAAUAUAUCGGACAAAAGCCAUUCUUCUAUUACUGGUCUUGGGUUUCGAGUUGAUGGUCAAGCCCUGCAACUUUUUGCAGUAACUCAAACCUCUGUGAGCUUGUUUAGUUUUCAGUAUCAACCACCUAGGCGGCAAACUUUAGAUCAGAUUGGAUGCGACAUUAAUAGUGUUACUAUGAGUGAUCUCUCGGAACUGAUAAUUGGUCGACCUGAGGCUGUCUAUUUCUAUGAAGUUGAUGGACGUGGUCCUUGUUGGGCUUUUGAAGGGGAGAAAAAGUUUCUUGGGUGGUUUCGUGGAUAUCUUUUGUGUGUUAUUGCAGAUAGAAGAAAUGGCAAGAAUACUUUCAAUAUUUAUGAUCUGAAGAAUCGUCUAAUUGCCCAGAGUCUUGUUGUUAAAGAAGUUUCCCACAUGCUUUGUGAAUGGGGCAACAUAAUAUUAAUAUUGAGUGAUAAAUCAGCUUUAUGUGUUGGAGAGAAGGACAUGGAAAGCAAGUUAGAUAUGCUUUUCAAGAAGAAUCUUUAUACAAUUGCCAUUAAUCUUGUUCAAAGUCAGCAAGCUGAUGCAGCUGCUACUGCUGAAGUGUUAAGGAAAUAUGGGGACCAUUUAUAUGGCAAACAGGACUAUGAUGAAGCUAUGGCUCAGUAUAUCCACACCAUUGGUCACCUUGAACCAUCAUAUGUAAUACAGAAGUUUCUUGAUGCACAAAGAAUCUACAACCUUACCAAUUACUUGGAAAAACUACAUGAGAAGGGGCUUGCAUCUAAAGAUCAUACAACUCUUCUGUUAAAUUGCUAUACCAAAUUGAAAGAUGUUGAAAAGCUGAAUGUCUUCAUUAAAAGUGAGGAUGGUGUCGGGGAGCAUAAAUUUGAUGUGGAGACUGCAAUAAGAGUAUGCCGUGCUGCCAAUUAUCAUGAGCAUGCAAUGUAUGUUGCCAAAAAGGCAGGGAAGCAUGAGUGGUACUUAAAAAUCUUACUUGAAGACCUGGGUAGAUAUGAAGAAGCAUUGCAAUAUAUUUCAAGUCUUGAUCCAAGUCAAGCUGGGGUAACAGUAAAAGAGUAUGGUAAGAUUCUAAUAGAGCACAAGCCAUUUGAGACAAUUGAGAUACUCCUGAGGCUUUGUACUGAGGAAGGAGAAUCAACUAAGAGAGGGGCCCCAAAUGGUACAUAUUUACCCAUGUUGCCAUCACCUGUUGAUUUUCUCAACAUUUUUAUCCAUCAUCCUCGGUCUCUUAUGGAUUUCCUUGAGAAAUACACUAAUAAGAUAAAGGAUUCACCUGCUCAAGUAGAAAUUCACAAUACGCUCUUGGAGUUGUACCUGCCUAAUGACCUAAACUUCCCAACAAUCUCCCAAGCCAACAUUAAUGGAGAUCUUAGCUUUAGAGCAAAAAGGCCGUCUGGUGUAGCUGUGAUAUCUAGAGCAGAGGCCAAUGGGAAAUUAAUUGCCAAUCAGAAAGACUUGGAUGAGGAAAAAGAUCUUUUGGAAAGACGUGAGAAGGGACUAUGCUUGCUUAAAAAUGCAUGGCCAUCUGACUUGGAACAUCCACUUUAUGAUGUCGAUCUUGCUAUAAUUCUCUGUGAAAUGAAUGCAUUUAAAGAAGGGCUUCUGUAUCUAUAUGAGAAGAUGAAACUGUAUAAAGAGGUGGUUGCCUGCUACAUGCAGGCCCAUGACCAUGAAGGGUUGAUUGCUUGCUGCAAGAGGCUGGGGGAUGCAAAAAGGGGAGGAGAUCCAUUUCUGUGGGCAGAUCUUUUAAAUUACUUCGGUGAACUUGGGGAAGAAUGCUCCAAGGAAGUAAAAGAAGUUCUAACUUAUAUCGAAAGGGAUGAUAUCGUGCCUCCUAUUAUUGUUCUUCAGACACUGUCCAGGAAUCCUUGCCUCACCCUCUCUGUUAUCAAGGAUUAUAUUGCUAGAAAGCUUGAACAGGAAUCCAAGCUCAUUGAAGAGGACAGGCGAUCUAUUGAGAAAUAUCAGGAAGAAACAUUAGCAAUGAGAAAAGAAAUCCAGGAUCUUAGGACAAAUGCCAGGAUCUUCCAGCUAAGCAAAUGCACUGCUUGCACUUUCACUCUUGAUCUCCCGGCAGUCCACUUUAUGUGCAUGCAUUCAUUCCAUCAGCGUUGCCUUGGUGAUAACGAGAAGGAAUGCCCCGAAUGCGCUCCCGAGUACCGAUCUGUCCUGGAAAUGAAGAGAAACUUGGAGCAAAAUUCCAAAGACCAAGAUCUGUUUUUUCAGCAAGUGACUAGUUCAAAGGAUGGGUUUUCUGUGAUAGCUGAGUAUUUUGGGAAGGGGAUCAUUAGCAAACCAAGUAUUGGACCCACAGGCACUCAUAGAUCAGGCAGUACUUCAGGAAGUGGUUUCUAAGGUUUGCGAUCCUUAGCUAUCUACUCUUUAAUUUAUCUUGCCUUGGUAAUUUAGGCUAAUUUUCCUUUUUGGGAUUACAGGGAUUGUGCGAUUCUUGUUAGUUCGUGUUCUCUAUACGUAGGUAAUAACAUUCGAGAUAUUGAACAACCAUUGCCGGGCUUUGCUUGGCCAACAUGAUCUGGCUAAUGAUUGUUAUUUGAAGAUAUUAUCAUUGACAAUAACGCCAAAGAAUGCUUUACUGAAGGUAUUUGUUCUGUUCAAACUAACAGCCAUUUUUGAGAUGGACAUUAUGCCCGAUUUCUCCUUUGAGUGUGAAUUCUUGUUAAUGCUUUAUUUUUUUGAUUUCUUGCUGAGGAAAAAUUCAAAUAAAUUUUGAAGCGUGUAUUUAUUCAAAAAAACUUUAAUGAUUUCUGUGUAUGGCACAGUUUUUUGAUUGCUCUAUGUAUUAAGCGGUUGGGUCUGUUUGGCUAUAAA